AUGGAGGGCGUUGAGUACAUUCAAAAGCAGCAGUCUACACCCAGACAGUCUUGCGACACUCUUCCGACUAUGGAGCGCAGUAUGCCAUUGGGGUCUGAGCCCAAGCACGUCGACCGGAAGUUGCUUUACACAAGCUUGGAGGAGCGAAUCAAGUACCUUCAUGAUUUCCUCGAUUUCAACUCCAGCGACGUCGAAGCACUGGUGACCGGCAAUAAGUACAUCAAGCAGUUGAUUCCCGCAAUCGUCAACCUGGUCUACAAGAAACUCCUCCAAUACGACAUCACAUCUCGGGCAUUCCACACACGCACAACAGUCGACGAGAAUGAGCCCGAAGAAGACUACCUGCACGAGGACACACCCAAGAUUAAGCGUCGCAAGAUGUUCCUGCGAUGGUACUUGACCCGGUUGUGCCAGGAUCCGACUACAAUGGACUUCUGGCGGUACUUGAACAAAGUCGGCUUGAUGCACAGCGGACAAGCACGCCGGACACCCUUGAAUAUCGAGUACAUUCACAUCGGCGCUUGCAUGGGAUACAUCCAAGACAUCUGGAUCGAGGCGAUGAUGUCGCACCCACACCUCUCGCUGCGUCGCAAGAUCGCCCUUGUGCGCGCGGUCAACAAGAUCCUUUGGAUCCAGAACGAUCUCUUCGCCCGGUUCCACUCGAGCGAUGGCGAGGAAUUCGCGGAUCAGAUGUCCGAGUUCAACUACGACGAUCAGGAGGGAUACCUCGGCGACAAGCGCAUCCUUGGAAGCAGCUCUAGCAGCUCGGCCGAGGAUGACCGAUCCAGUAUUUCGAGUGGCCAGGCACCUUCGAUUGACAGUGUGGCGCCGUCCACCAUGUCGAAGACUUCGGUGUGUCCUUUUGCAGAAAUGUCCCAAAGCAAUUCGACAGAGACCAAGAUUUGGGCGAACUAA